AUGGCUGCACAAGACUCGCGGCUGUUACUCCUCCUCCACAGAGUGUUGCGGGAUUUCAUCAUAACCGACGACGAUGAAAUGGAUGGCGCGAACAACCCCAACGGCCCGGUCGGCAUCCAGCUUCACAUUAGCGAUACCUUCACCAUCAACGACCUUGAGCGCCUCCGAGCCGCCGCGUGCGACGCCCUUGCCGGCCUCGAUGUAAUAGUGAGACACGGAAAAUCGAAUUCGAGCGUUCCCCACACCUUGACCGAGGCAGAGGCCCGCUCAAUCACUACCCACUUCUUUAGGGAUACGGUUGGAACUGCCCUCGUCCGGGUUGCAGCUUUUGUUGCGGAGGCUGAAGAUUAUAAUGUCAAUCUGUCGACUAGGGCUGCAGAGUUUAACAAUGACGAAGAUGUGCCCGGCGCCUUCCGCGCGCUUUUUAGCAACCUUGCCGCACUGAAGUUUAGUGGUGGCGGUCUGUCUGGGCAUCAUUCAGAAUCUGGAGUACCACGCCGUCGCCGCCUUCAAUACGAGCUGGGAGGAGGUUAA